CGCAAUUUCUCUGCCUCUUUCUCAUUCUCUAGACCGCGUCCGUAGAUAUGGAUGUCCAAUGGUUAUCUCACGAGGUAGCGAACGGAAACAAUCAAUUCGAUACCUAAGAGCCUGUUGGCCCGUUUGAGCCGACCGACAAACUACAAGAGUCGUCAAUCAGCGGCCAGGUAGAUUCGAUACAAGAUAAGAUAGACCCCGACCACAAUGUCGAUGAUAUCAGUGUACCGAUCGAAGAUGAACGCGAGCUUCGAAUUAGCUAUGUCGAUAAGGUCUAUGACAACUCUGACAAAGGAUUUACUUUGUACAAGAGGAAGAAAAGACAGCAAUCCUUGAGUAAGAAGUACUCCAUCGUUGUCAUGCGCAGCUACAACAUGCGCAGAGAAUUGUUGGGUACAACAAUCGAGCUUCGGCAGGCGGGAGGUCUUCAUGAAGUACUUAAGACGAUCUACAAGGGUGUCGAUAAUAUGACACUGGAAGAAGUACCGCCUGAAAUUUCACCCCAGGAUCUUUAUCAUGCUAGUAAGCAACUCACGGAACAUGCAGAGCGGCUGAAAAAUCCCGGAUCAGAGGACCGCACUACGUACGACCAGAUACAGCUUGCUCUGAGAGUGGUCCAGAACGAGUUCGCAAGAGAAGGCCCGACGAUUGAAACGCUGUUAGCCAAAGGUGAAAUCACAUGGACCCUUCUCUGGGCUCUGUUUCCCCGCAACGAGCUGAUCGUCGACAAGGACGAAUUGAAGCAGACAAGAGCCUACUUUGCCAGAUACCACGACACUUUCAAAGAUGACCAAGGCGACAUGGUUUUUGGCCGAGAUGUAUGUUUCGUGGACGACAAUGGUGAAAAGAUGGGGUUUGUGCGCAAGGGGUACCUUGCGCUACACAUCAAAGAGUUCCCAGGAUCUCAAAAGAUCAUAGAGCUGCCGUUUUAUCCCCUGCGAUAUGUGACGGACUGCCAGGGAACCCGGUCUGAACUUUUAAAAAGAGGGAGGAAGAGAAUGCAAGACGGAGCAUCAAGGUUGCAUGAUUGUUCUGGUCAUGGCGUGCAGACCAAACAUAACCUCAAUGGUGCUCGAUAUCUUGAGCCGUUCCAGUGUGAGGGGCACGUAGUUGUGGACCAUGCUACGUUUGGUCAGCUGUGUCCUGAAGACGAACUGAUCCCUUACAUAUACCGCGCCAUCGACAAGGAGGUUAUAUCCGAUGAACAGAUCAUGACCAUGCCUGCUAUUCUGUACGGGUUUCAUCUGGGCAAGAAGGUUUGGGGUGGCUUCCUCGUCAAGGACAUUGCUCCUAUUCAGUGGCACCCGGAAAUCUUCGCACAAUUGGUCCUCCCGCAAAGCAAGAAAGAACUGAUAGGGUUGCUGGUCAGGGAACACUCAUCAAAGAGUGACACCUUUGACGACUUUGUGGAAAACAAAGGCAGGGGUCUCAUUGGGCUAUUGUGUGGACCUCCAGGGGUUGGCAAAACUCUCACUGUGGAGGCGAUCGCAGAAAUCGCACAACGUCCUCUCUACACUAUCAACUCAGGGGAGCUCGGUGUUGACGCAGAUACACUUGACGAGAAGCUGGAGCGCAUUCUACAGAUUGCAGAAGUUUGGGAAGCCAUCGUCCUUCUCGAUGAGGCUGAUGUGUUCUUGGUCGAGAGGAGCAAGGAUGAUCUCCAUCGGAACGCAGUAGUCUCGGUGUUCCUAAGGCGCUUGGAGUACUAUCGGGGCAUAUUGCUGUUGACCACGAACCGUGCCGAUGCCAUGGAUGCUGCCUUCGAGAGUCGAAUUCACUUCAGAAUUGCCUAUCCAGAUCUCGAUGCCAACGCACGCCUGGUGAUCUGGAAAGCGCAUUUAGCACGCCUGUCGACAAGUGCUAGCGUGACGCUCUGUGUGACUGAAGAUGAGUAUGCAAAGCUUGCAGCCAUGGCCCAUAACGGCCGACAGAUUAAGAACGCAGUCCGCUUGUUGAGCUUGCUGGUCAGCAAACGCAAAGAAGCUGUGAGACUGGAGCAUAUUGAAGCUGCGAUCAUGUAACAUGGUAGAAUGUCUUCCGAGUGAAUGAUGUUGUCACUGUUCCUGUCGUUCCUGAGUAGUAUAUGGUGAGAAGGAGGUUUAGCAUGGGACAGUAAUUGCGGGGUAGCUGUUGCCGAU